AUUGUGUGUGUGUGACUGUGUGUGUGUGCAUGUGUGGGCGUAUUGCUGUUGAUCGUUGGCCAGUGUUGCAAAACGUUUGGGUUUCAAAUUGAGCACUUCGAAAGACUAUAUAGUCAUCUCGCUUGCACUACUUAGUAGGCAAAGAACUGUCAAAGUAUUUGUUAAUAACAACACAGAACGAAAAGGAAAAGAAAAAAAUUCUUCGAUUUCGAUCUGACAAAAUUAGCUGAUUUUGCAUAUAGAAUUUAUAGAUAUAUAAACGAAAGCCAUUGGAGAGAAGACGACGACGAAGAACGAAACGACGACGCCAGCGAGUUGGCCCACUACCCCAAAAAAAAGUUACUUAAUUAUACAAGAAUAAUAAAACAAUAAGCAUCACAAUGACAACUCCGGCGAAUAGCAAGAACUUUUUAUUGGACAAAUAUCACAGCUUGCGUAACUAUCUGGAACGAGACACCUUGGGCAGCGAGGUGCUAAUCUAUGGAACAUCAUCGCUAAUGCUGCUGGUGGCCUAUGCCAAACGUAAACCCGCCUAUUUGGUGCGUCAAUUCAAGCAACCAUCCCACAUACCCGAACGCAUUAUCAACGAACGUGUAAUGCACACGGGCAAGAUCAGUGCCGUCCAGCAGCGGGAUCAGGAUACACUGCUCCUGAUCAAGCAUCGUCCAUGGCUGCCCAUCUUCACCAGCAACAAGAAACUCUUGCCCGUCAAGCUGCCCGGCGUGAAAGUCAAUGCCAAUGGCUAUUCUUGGCUCCAGCAGUGUCUGGUUGGACGCGAUGCGACCUUUAUACCCCUCAAUAAGAGUAGCAAUCAGGAUUUUGUCGUCUGCCAGCUAUGUUUAGUUCAUCCGCCCAAAGGUAAUCGUUUGCUAGACGUAUCGGAGACCCUGCUCAAGCUAAGAUUUGCCAAAUUCGCCAAAGAUGUGGCAGCGGGCGUGAAACGUAAUGGCAAAUACUAUAAGCAUUUGCAAAAUGUGGAGGCCACAACCACCGCCAAAGAAGCCUGGCUGGCCUGGGCAUCACGUUAUCCUUACAUUUGGCAGCGUUUUAACGAUCUGAAAGCCUCCAUCCUGCCCAAACAGAAGUUAUUGCCCGAACUAGUGCGUUAAGACAACGGCAGGGAGGAGGGGAUUAACAAAUAAUUGUUAAAUUAGUUCUAAGAAACGAUAUUGAACGGAGGUCAGGUCAGCGCGUACGUGAGUUUUGUGAGCUUUUUCUUCUUCUUUGUGCUUAUAUUUGAAACCCAACAAAACGCAAAAGAGCCAGCGGCGCAUUUCAAUUUGCUUUGUGUUUUAAUUAUGUGUGGAAUAAAUAAAAAUGAUAUAAUUUUUGUA